UGAAUGGCGGUGACAUGGCGGAGCUGCUACACUAUGGGUUCGUGCUUCUGACAGGUCGGUCAUUUCAAUGUUUUGUAGAGUUAAUUAUAACGUUAGCAGUGGCUUAACCGUUUCCUUAUUAAACAUGAGUUCAAAGUUCAAAUGUUAAUCCGAUAAGAAAAAUAUCAGAAGAUGUCUGGUUGACAAACAGCUGAUCCAUCGAGUCUAUUGACAUCUUAUGAGUCGAGAUCACAUACGUGGCCAUUGGCUUGACGUGACUAUUGGCUUGACGGGACCAUUGGCUUGACGUGACCAUUGGUUUGACGUGACCAUUGGCUUAACGUGACCAUUGGCUUGACGUGGCCAUUGGCUUGACGUGACCAUUGGCUUGACGUGACCAUUGGCUUGACGUGACCAUUGGCUUGACGUGACCAUUGUUUUUAUUUGACCAUUGGCUUGACGUGACCAUUGGCUUGACGUGACCAUUGGCUUGACGUGACCAUUGGCUUGACGUGACCAUUGGCUUGACGUGACCAUUGGUUUGACGUGAUCAUUGGUUUUACGGGACCAUUGGUUGACGUGACCAGUGGCUUGCUCUACAUUUAAGAACAAUUUUAGAACAUUUCCUUAGUAUGUAAUUAUUUAUUUAAUAUUUUUUUAAAUAAAUGGAACGCACAAUUAGUUCAUUGUGACAGAAUAGAACUAGAACGGACAUUUCUGAACCUUAAGAGCCGCUGAGAGAUGGUGUGCCUCUAGAACGGACAUUUCUGAACCUUAAGAGCCGCUGAGAGAUGGUGUGCCUCUAGAACGGACAUUUCUGAACCUUAAGAGCCGCUGAGAGAUGGUGUGCCUCUAGAACGGACAUUUCUGAACCUUAAGAGCCGCUGAGAGAUGGUGUGCCUCUAGAACGGACAUUUCUGAACCUUAAGAGCCGCUGAGAGAUGGUGUGCCUCUAGAACGGACAUUUCUGAACCUUAAGAGCCGCUGAGAGAUGGUGUGCCUCUAGAACGGACAUUUCUGAACCUUAAGAGCCGCUGAGAGAUGGUGUGCCUCUUGUAGAGGGCUUAAUUUAUGUGCAGGAAAUGCAAAUUUUAUGUCCGCGAAAUAUCUGCGGUGUCGGCUCUUGUGUGACAUUGAUUAGCGCGUGCGACGGUUUCUUGUUAACGGCGGCCCCGUCUUUCUUACCGCAGGCCGUAGGCAGUCUCCGUGACAUACAUUCCCAACAGGCUAUGUCCGGCCGAGUACUGAAAACAUUGCUAUGAAAGCGAAAGGAAAAGAUUGAUUGGCACAGUAACACUGCACAAACGAGGGUUCCCUUCACAGAAAGGGUCAAUGUGGAGCACACGAGAUGCUAAAGCAUGAGAAAAAUUAUUUAGAAACAAAAAUGGAAACGUAUCGGCCAAAAGCCUUCUUUGGGGAAGAAGACCUCCCUCUACACGUACACAGCCAGUACAUAUAAAAUACAUAGAACAAAUUUAAAUACACACACACACACACACACAUAUAUAUAUGCCUCGGUUCUACCGACGCCUCUGGAAACGCCUUACACAUUGUUUUCCUUCUAGCUCACUCCCGAACUGUCCACAAAAUUCUAUUAGAACGUGUUAAUUAUAAUUAGUUGGUAGUGGUAGUAAACAAGGUCAAGAUCAAAGGGAAUAAGCCACGCCUAAUACGAACAAAGCGACUGCUAGAUUUCACAGCACGGGGAAAAUAUGACGUAAACACGUCCUACAUAAAAUACUUUCUCUAAAAUUAUCAGAAAACCUGAUAGUUGAAACAUUUAAAAAAAAAAGAAUAUAUGCUCAACACUGUGCUUCCGAAGAAUCGAUGGAAAUAACAUGGUAUAACGUCUGACCACUGGAAGCUAACCCUAACCACUGGAAGCUAACACUAACCCAUCAUUCUUCUUUUAAAAAAAAAUAAUAAUAAUAAUUUUAAAAAAUUAAAAUUUUAAAAAAAAACUCUAGGGAUUUCUCUUUUAAAUAUUGUUUGAGAACCGCGAUAUAUUUUCGCCAUCUGAUUGAGCACCUGUUUUCAAAUCGAGAUGCCCUGAUCGAUGUAACUGUGUGCACGCCUGCAGGUUGAAAUACCUAUGCUUGAAAAAAUAUCUCGAAAAAGAAUUCGACAGUCGGCGACUAGAGAACUUGACCUCAGAGUCAUGCUGUAUCAUAAUAGUCCAUAACUAUUCGAUUAAUUGUGAAAUAAGCGGUGGUGUAUAAUACAAAAUUAUUUAAUUUUUAACGGGAAUCAGCAGUCCAGAACAUGAUAGGUCAAGUAGAUUCUAAGUAAAGGUUUUUAAAAAAAAUAAUAAGUUUCACAAACAGAACAACGAAAAAUGUACUUCCAUCACGUACAAUGGACAAUGUAGCCACCAUUUAAGAGAGAUGAUAUCACCCGUAAGUUGAGUAAGACAGCCACAAGCCCGACAUUGUCUAAACCAGGCGUCCUCAGACUUUUAAAACAAGGUUCCGGUUAGCAUUCCCCCAGACACUGUCAGGGGCCCGAGUUUGCUUGACAAAACUAUGAACGAAUUCCUUUUCACACUGCACAUAUCUUAUUUAUAAUUCCCCCCCCCCCCCAAAAAAAAAAAAAAAAAAAAAAAAAAAAAAAAAAAAAAAAAAUAUAUACAUAUAAAAAUUGUUUAAAUAAAUAUUUAAAAAUAACAAUUUUCAAAAAUAGAAUAUUUAAAGUGUUGAACAGUUUUAAACAAUAUAAAUCUUUCAAUAAAGUAGACCUAUUUCCGUGUUAAGUAAGGGCCUGCAUUUGGGUGAUGACAUGGUCAAUGUCCUGUUCCAUAUUCGUCACUGCUACCCGUUUACGGCGGCCUGGCGUGUCAGGUUAAGGACCCCUGGCAGGCCAGAUCUGGCCCGCGGGCCGUAGUUUGAGGAUCCUUGGUCUAACUAAACAAACCUCCCUUUCUUAUAUCACAGGCCUCGUCAUUUUUCUUCUGUCAUCUGGUUGUAAAUUAGAACUGUGUGACCUGGUUGUUUGCUCUCUUAGUGUUAGCCUGUCCCCUGGAGACAUGCGCCCCCCCCCCCCACAGUGGAGGGGGGGGACUGGAGGACGUGUUCACAUCAACGUGGUCGCGAUCCGUGUCGGUGUGAUAAAUGGCAGAUGGAGAAAUACAAGAUUUAAACCAAAAAAUAUCUAUAUAACACAAUAGUUAUUUAUUUUAUUAGCGCUGCCAUAAACAAACUCUCCAAAAAAGAGAGGACAUGUUACAGCAUGGUCUCAGUACAUUUUAUAGCUUCCUUAAAAUUGCUACUAUAUAUAUAUAUAUAUAUAUAUAUAAUCUCCACAGUUUUUUUUUGUUGCUUUAAAAAAAAAAAAGUUUUUUUUUAANCAAAACAAUGUCAAGAUCUGCCUGAAGUAGCCUAGCUAGGGAUAGUGCUGCCCCUGGACAUAUGCUUUUUUUGCCGACCCUCCCUUAAAGAAAAAAAUCUGCAGUUGGCCGAAACUGCCGCCCCUCGAUAUGAUAGCAUUAUUAUAUACCAGUCCUUGGUCUCAGUGGGUCCGAUUUUCAUAUCAAUGGGAAAAAAGCCCCCCCCCCCCAAUUCCCCUCCCCCUUUGUUUUCGACAAAUCUCAAGGAUUAAUAUUCAGAAAUGUCAUGACAAUCUCAUGUUCUAAGUUGUCUUUCUCACCCACCAGGUGGACGAGACACCCAAGGUGGACCUGUGGUCACCCUCCCUUCCAUGCAGAACAGAAAGGACCCCGGUCCCGAUGAAUUGGUCCCGUGCUUGAAGUACUACAUACAAAUUCCCAGGUAAUUAGUAUUCUUUAGUUUUGAUUGCAUUUUUGUUGUUGGAGCUUUAAAAAAAAUAGUAUCACAGUCCUCAAAAUAAGCAAAUUUGAAAACACGACCAAACGAAUCAUUAACUUAAACAUUGAUCUACUUAUUUGUUCAAUUUGUCUCUAUCGGUUCUUAUAAUCUACCAUUUAAAAACCAAAGAGAAUUAGUUUAUAUAGUUAACCGUGGGCUUUUAACUCAACAUACUUGGGAGCUCAACAUAUUUUGUUUAAUAAGCUCACAUUUUAUUUCCAGCGAAGAGACAAAGAGAAAAGGUUUUUCUGCCAUUGUGGACACCAGAGAUGGCUCCUGGGCCAACCUGAAUAUGGUCAUGUCCUGCUUGAGGGUACGUCCAAUGGGGGAGGGGACCAAAAAUGAGCCAGAGUUGGACAUAAUCUUGAAAUAUUUUAAAUAUAAAUGAAAACCCAAAAAUUAAAACUGAUGCAAUGUGACCCCCUCACCCCAUGCUAUCUUUAAUCAUCUUCAAUAAGUCUGCAUCAGCAUCAAUGGGUCAAUGCACAUGGGUCAAUGCACAUGGGUUGUGUUUGUAACAUGUUAUAGCCAGGGUUAUGUCAGUAACAUGUUAUAGCCAGGGUUGUGUCAGUAACAUGUUAUAGCCAGGGUUGUGUCAGUAACAUGUUAUAGCCAGGGUUAUGUCAGUAACAUGUUAUAGCCAGGGUUGUGUCAGUAACAUGUUAUAGCCAGGGUUGUGUCAGUAACUUGUUUUUUCAUGCACAUCAGUAAAACAGUUCAUUCAUACAGAUAACUAUGGCUUUCUCCUUUUUUAAUAUAACUAGUGACCAAUUUCUUCAGAUUCUCAUAUUUACUUAUAUAGUAUUCCUUCUUAUUACUGCCACGCCAUAUAUAUUAUAUAUAUGUGCUGGCUUAUUUAGCUUUAUGGCAUGAGAUUGUUGAAUGAUCAACUGUUAAUGCUAAAAGUUUCAUGAUUCUGUUGCAGCAAACGAUGGGAGGCUAUCUCAAGCAAGUGUUGGUUGUGGUUCAUGAACAUGACAAAAGGGCAAAUCAGUCGACAUCUCUGGGAUCUGAGGUAAAUUCUUUUAAUUUUGAUGUUUAAAUAUGGACUGUUGGUCAAAAGGUAAUCACAGGGUGUUAAUUCCGCAAUUAUUCUCCAUAUAAAACAGCUGGCAGAGCCAUAUAGGGUUGUUAUUGAGAAACUGGGAAUAGAUUUUAAAAUAAUAUUAACAAAAAUGUAACCUUCAAUUCAAAUUGAAUGCAACAAGUGAUUUUACCGUAUAUAGGCCUAUAUUGUACCCAAACAAGUGAUUUUACCGUAUAUAGGCCUAUAUUGUACCCAAACAAGUGAUUUUACCGUAUAGAGGCCUAUAGUGUACCCAAACAAAAAAAAACGUUUGAACUUUGAACUAUGACUUUUAAUAGGAACCACAGUGUUGUAAAUAACUUUACUGACUGCUAUUUAGAAAGAGUCAAAAUGGCUCCUUUGAGUUCUUCCUAUCACUGCUCAGUUUGAACUCACUGGCAAGUCUGACCUACUGAACUGUUGAGGUAAGACUUUUCUUUGCUCUCCUCUCUCCAGCCACAGUUUGUGACCCCAAACCUGCUGCACAGAUAUAUUGAUCCUAAACAACUGACCUUUGACCUUGGUGGCCACAUGGAAUACAACCAUGACAUCUGGUUGAGGAACCAGCUGGUUAGUUCAUAG